CAGUACUUUUAUCUCUCACGCACUGGCUCUCUGCGCGAUACGAGCACAUCCGGAAAAGGAUAUUGCCGUGUAACGAUGCCAAUCGAGAAGUACCCGAAAUAUGAAUAUACAUUUAAUACAAUGGAUGAUAUAAUAUUGUUCUGGCAUCAUAUGCGCGCAAUUGUUCAGAGCACACCAUUAUCAUUUCGAAUGGAUGUAUCGGUGAGUUUGAUGCAUGCAAGAAGAUGCGCAUCUGUACAAGAAAUACACGAUUGACAUCUGCGAAGACACUGGGAUUUGAAUCCGAAACCGCUGGAAUUCGUUAAUUGGUUUUUGCAAGAUUGGCGACGAGCAGCUGAUAAAGUGAAAGCGAUUGUUGAAACACGAGUGCAAAAUUAUCAGAAUUCAUGGAAUUCCUAUUUCCGGGCAUUGGUUCCACCGGAAACGGGUAUUUUUAAACGGCCAACAAAUGAAAGUUAUAAACUGGUACGAGCAAAUCCUGGUACCAUGCGCAGAACUCACAAAGGUAUGUCACUGUACCCUCGGCGAAAGAAGCGACAAUUCGAUGAAAUUGACAGAAUUUCGGAGCUUCGCCGUAUGCGUUUGCGGAAUAGAUUCUCGGAACUGGAACGAGAUACGGAAGCACGUUCAAAAACUGUGCAGAGUCUAAUGGCAGCUGGUGUACGUGAAGUGAAGCGUGCAGACAGAAUUGCAUACCUUCAACGUAUUGUCAGAACACUGAAUUCGUUCAAGGUUGGUCCGAGUAAAACGACUUUUGAAAAGGAAAUGUAUCUGUCUCAGCUUUUGACAUGCUUGUUAUACCUGCAAAUGAGGUCUACGUCACACCCAGGCUAA